CACGCCCACCUUGUCUGCCCCGCCGGCCACCUGGCCGCCCUGCCAGACCUGCCCGACCCGGGGGAGUUUGCCCGGCUGCGCAGCUGCGCCGAGGUCCACGCCAAGCUGGCAGCAGCCGGGCGAGGCGAGACCAACUAUGCGCUGCCCAACGCCUCCUACCCCAACAACCUCCUCCGCAACGUGGCGAGGGGGGCAGCAGCUGGUGGCUAUGCCCUAGUGCUGGACAUCGACAUGGUGCCCAGCCGCGGGCUGCGCCCAGCCUUCCUGGCUCUGCUGGGUGCCCCCGGGGGCAUCCCAGGCCCCACUGGGGUUUUCGUGCUCCCAGCCUUUGAGAUCCAGGAGGGUCUGCGGCCACCUGGCACCAAGCAGGAGCUGCUGGCCAUGUACCAGGCUGGGGAGGCGCGGGGUUUCUAUGCGGAGCUGUGCCCACGCUGCCAGGCACCCACCGACUACCCGCGUUGGCUGGGGCUGCCGCCGGCGGGCACCCUGAGUGUCACCUACACGGUCGCCUGGAGGGACCCCUGGGAGCCCUUCUACCUGGGGCCGGCCGCUGCACCCACCUUCGACGAGAGGUUUCGGCAGUACGGAUUCAACCGCAUCAGCCAGGCCUGCGAGCUGCACGUGGCCGGCUACGAGUUCUGGGUGCUGAACGAGGCCUUCGUGGUGCACAAGGGCUUCAAGCUGCCCAGCGACUUCCACCCCCAGAAGGACGCAGAGAAUCGCCGUAACCGGGAGCUCUUCCGCCAGUUCAAGCAGGACCUGAAGGCCAAGUACCCCAGCUCCCCCCGUCGCUGUUGAUGGAUGGUGUGGCCCAACCCAGGAUCCCCCUGCCACUUCUGACAGAUGGUAUGACCCAGCCUGGGCUACCCCUGGCACUCCUGAUGGAUGGUAUAGCCCAGCCCUGGCUCUCUCCACUGCUCCUGAGGGAUGGUGUGGCUUCCCCCUGCCAGGGCUCAUGGGUUUGACCCAGCCUGGACACCCCCCACGCCCCAUGGAUGUUGACGGAUGGUAUAAUCCAACUGGGUUUCCCUCCCUGCUGGGACAGAUGGAACAACCCAGCCUGGCUCCCCCCUGCUGGAACUGAUGGGUGGACUAACCCAAAUGUAGUUUCCCCCCCCCCUCCUGCUGAUGGAUGGUAUGACCCAGCUGUUCUCUCCCCCUCCCCCAUGGCAGUGCUGAAGGAUAAGGAUGCCUGGGUUUUGUGUGUGCCUCAGUUUCCCCUGCCCUGGAACAAUAAAGGGGGCCGGGCCACCCUUUGCCUUGUGUGGGUCCUUCCUUGGAGCAGGGCAGCUCCUGGGGUGUUGCUGGGAGAGGGGCUAUGUGUCUCCAUGGCAACACAGCUCUGGGUACCUUGCUGAUGUCACAGCUGAGUGCCAUGGCAGCUAGACUGGCAAGCCAGCAGGCCUGUCGCCAUGUCCAUGCCAUGAGGGUUUUGGGUAGUGAGUAACAAGUUGGGAGACCUUGUUGCUACAGCAGCCUGAUGUCAUGGCUACUUGGUGAUGGCUUGGUGCCCUGGAGCCAGGGUAGCGCUACAGUCCAGUUGCCAUGGUGACAGGGCAAAGCAGGUGCCCUGGCAAUGCUAAAGCUAGGUGUCAUGACAAUGGGAGAUGGUGUCAUGGUGACGUCAUGGCUUGGCAUCAGGGCAACAAUGCAGCUAAUGCCAUGGCAACAGCACAAGCAGCUGCCAUGCUAUAGGCACGAUGGGUUGCCAUGGCAACAUUGAACCUGGGUGCCACGGCAGUGAUGGGAGUGGGUGCCAUGGUGAUGUUGCUAUUGAGGGUGACAUCAUGGGUACAGUGGGAAUGCCAUGUUCAGGUGCCAUGGCAAAAGAGGGGCUGGGUGCCAUGGUAACAGUACCUGUGAGGGCAGUGAUGUUGCCAUGGCCCCUGCUCCUGACAACAGUUAGGAGCCCUAAUGGAGUCACAAUCAUCAUAGGGACCUGGGCUGCACCACUACUGUCCUGGGGGGUGGCUCUCCCCCCCCCACCCCCCACUUUUCAUCUGAUGCUUGGUCCCGUCCCCACUGAUGCAUAUGAGGGUUGGGUGAGACCAUUCCGAUGGGGGGGGCACAGAAUGGCAUCUAGGCUAACCCAUGGGGGGUGCUAAUAUUGCCUGGUUUUGAAAAUCCACUGAAGGAAUGGGCCAAACCAUUAAUUGCACCUGGAGGGAAUGCACGGACCCUCCAAAGUACACCCAUGGGGAAUGGGGGGUGGGGGGGGGGGAGGAGAGCGUCCCCUGUUGGCAGCGGCCUGUGGUACGUUUCCUUAGACACGGGGGGGAGUGGGACAGACCAUGUUAGGGGGUGUUGACUCCGAGCUGGGUUGGACUGUACCAUUCCUGCAAAUAUGCAGCUGUACAUAAAGUGAUGGCUAGUGGUUAGAGCAAGAGGUGGGAUGGGGGCUGGGAGCCGGGACGGCUGGGUUCCCUGCAGCUGUGCGGGACGAGCAGGGGGAGCUGCUGACCCUUCAAAACCACUGAAGAAGGGGAUUUAGACACCGGGAAGAAACAGCUCUUUGGGGUCGAGGGGGCGGAGAUGCCCACAGCAGGUGGAGGGGCAUGACUCCGUCCCCCCCGCGCAUGCGUAACGCAGCCCCUCCCCCAUUUAAGGACCUGCCCAUAUAAGGCUGCGAGCACCGCCCCCUGCCAAGCACCGCCCUUCGCGGCCUCCGUGCCUUAUUAGGGCAUUACGGUGCAGGGGGGCGGGGCCAGGACGAGGACGAGGAACCCCCGAGUCCGGCCUCCCCAGAACAGAAAGGAGAGAAGCCAGGCGCUCGGGCCGUCUCACCCAGCAUCCUUUGGACCCAGGCAUCCAGGCUAAGGCUGGAGCGGCUUGUACGGCUGGAACUACAUCCCCCAGGAUGCGCGGCGCCCCACCCAUCCCAGCCCGCCAUCUUGCCC